AUGAGUAAGCUGCUGCUCUGUGUCGUCAGCAUCUUGGUGGUGCUCCAGGCUGUGCUCACCGGCGAGCACCGGCUGGCCGUCGCUGCUCAGAUUGGGGACGAGUUUUUGCAUCCAGAUCCAAUCCGGGGACGGGGCAGUGGCCUCAUGCUGAGCCAUGUCCACGACGAGCUCAUCAGCUCCAGCGUUGCUGCUCCUGCCUUUGCUCGAGAGAAAGACGCCGUCAUCGAUGGAGAAGAGUUCUCCAUUGAUGAGUAUGCAGGUGACGAAGAAAAUGAAGAGGUCGGCGACGGACAACACACACCGGAACCUGACAGAUCUGUUGAUGAGGAAGAGGUUGUAGAGGGUGAAGACGAUUCGUUGCUCAGUCCUCAAGAAGGCGAUAUUGAAUCUAGCAGCAAUCCAGAAGAGCAUGGAAGCAGCGGCGGGGGCGACGUUGAGUGCCCUGAGUGUGGGAAACACUUCAGGAGCAACAAGUCCAUGUUUGGCCACCUCCGGAGCCACCCGGGCCGAGGCUACAAAGGCGCGACCCCGCCACCCAUGAAGCCAAAGCGUCGGGCCACACCUUCACAGUCGCCGUCUGUCCACGACCACGACCGCCCUGUGGCCAGGUACAGCCAGCGCGACCCCAAUCUGAACGCGUUCGAGAUGCUGGUCGCCUACAUAAUGCUGACGCUCAAGCACCGCGACAGCCGGAUCGUGCAUGACCAGUCUGUCAAAGUCAAGAGAGAACCUGCAGAUGUACCACCUGAAGAGGAAGGUUCAGUAAUGAGCAGAGCAGGGGACAGCGCCGCGCUCGGCGACAAAAACGACAUUUCAGCUGCUGAGAUGGCCCUAGCCGACGCAGAGCUCCGUAGCGGAGACAGCAGUUCAGCUGCAGAGAUGGCACGAGACGAUCAGCAGGUGCUGCGCAGCGAACAAGUUGUCAUAGAGACCCCGGCAAAGAGGGUGAGCAUGAAGAGGUCGAAAGAGGCGCACAGGAAGGAGAAGGAUGUGAGGAGCGAAGGCAAGUCCAGGCGCCCCUACAUCUGCAAGCACUGCCAGGCGGUGUUCCCCACGCACCAGGCGCUGGGCGGACACAUGGCUGCCCACAACAAGGACAGGAGGGUCCAGGCCCAGAACGAGCAGGCAGCUGUAGCAGCAGUGGAGGCACACCACCUGGUCAGCCUGAAUAGGCAAGGCAGCGAGGAGCAGCGUGGGCAGGGCGGCCUGGCAGCAUCCACUAGGGAACUGCUCAUGGAGCGCUAUACCAGGAUGUUCAACCAGGGAUGGCAGACCAGGCAGGAGACCGGAGGGUACCGGAGGCAGCACACUGAGAGGGAGGAUGGCAACACCCUGCCACCGGUCACUGAUGGAGAUCAGCUCAGGCUGUUUGGCAUUGACCUCAAUGUCCAGGCUCCACAACAGGAAUAG